GUAUGGCUCGGUUCUCUGUUCUAAAUAUGUAAUUAAAAUUAGUGCAUAAAAUAUAUAGUUUAAUAAACAUUAAAAAAUAAACCAAAAUUGUCAUUUAAGAAAAUUUUCCAUAAAUAACACAUACAACAACAACUUAAUUUAUCAAAAUGUCCUAAUUAAGCAUUAUAACUUUUAAUUGCAAUAAAUUAAAAGUAAUGUAUAAUAGAUUUGUAAAUUAAGAUUAAAAUUACAAAACAAAAAAAUAAAAAUAAACAAACAAUAACCCUGGAGAAAAGGUUAGUCCUUGUACUUAUCACAAGCCGAGUCCUUUCUCUAAUGCUUAAUACACAAAUACAAAUAAACACACCAUGAAGAACAACUCGACAAAUCUCAUGGCUAUCAUGACGGACAAAGAGAAGCAGGCUCACGAUUUGGUGCGUUGCCGCAAUUGGUUACGUGCUGCCACAUUAUAUGAUGAGAUCUUGGCUUCGGCACCAACAUGGAAUCGUGUACAAAAAGAUCGUCAUAUUAUCUGCCUGCUGGGACGUUGCGAGUGUCUGUAUGAGCUAGGCAAAUAUGAACCUUGUCUGGCUGAUGCCCGCAAACUGUUAUCCAUGAUUAGUGAACAACAACCUGCUGACUGUUUGACCAGUGUGUCGCGAACGAGAAAAUGGCAAAUACAUGCUUUAUGUAAACUCAAAAAAUAUGUGGAAGCCGAAAAAACUCUCAAAGAAUGGAUUGCACAAUUUCGUUUUCGUAAAUUCAAUGAAAUUUGCAAUGUGUUGGAGGGUUACCGACUUGUUGUUAAUAUGUUGUACAGCUAUGAUAAAUCCGAACAAAAGUUAAUGGAUUUAGCCUUUUUAGAUGAUAAAAUGGCCAGUCUGGAUAAUAAACUUGAUAACUGGGCUAGCAAAAGUCUGGCUCUAGACAAAUACAGUAAACAUUUAUGUGGUGCUGGUGGAGGAGUGGGUGCCACAGGUGCCACUGGUAGUAAUACCAACAUCAAAGGUAUUAAGAAACGUGAAAAUCCAACACCAAAUGGUGGUGGACCUCUCAAUAAUAUGUCUGGUCUCAUGUUGGCAUCACUUGGUGUCAGUUCCGCUAGCAGCAAUAAAACAGCAACAGCCGAUGAUGCGGCGGCAACAUCAGAAGAUGCCAACAGCACAACUUGUUCGUAUUGUGCGAUUACAUUCAGUAGCCGAAAUGAAUUGCGCCAACACUGUCAAACCGAAGCCCAUCAGAAUGUCAUUAUGUCAGAUGAGGGCAGAGAUUGGAAAUGGCGACCACCGCCCAGAGGCUUUACCCUGGACUCCUACAGCCUUUGUGAGUCGUGGACAGAAUCACAGCUUUGCCACUACGGCAAUCAGUGUGUAGAAGCCCAUGGUCAAGAUGAACUUAACGAAUGGAAGGAGCGUUUCGAAUAUAGGCGCAUGCGGCUGCAGAAAGCUUGUGAAAAAGAAUUGUACGGCAAAUCGUAUACCGAACAAAUCUUAGAGAAAUGGAUACAAUCCACCGCACCCGAAAAGAUCAUGUGCGAAAAGGUUGAUGGCAUAGAAGCAAAUUGUGAACAAGACUUGGUUACGAGCAUAAGCUCCAAAACAUCAAAGCGCGAAUGGGUUUUCGUAUUAAAAACAACCGGUAAGACCUUAAAAGCCGUUGCCCUGCUACAGGAUGCUCAUCGUAGUCAUUUCGCAUUGAAAAGCAUAAAAACACCAGAUACAACCUAUGAAUUGGAUGCAAAAACAAACCAGGAAUGGAUGCCACAAAAAUUAUCUACAUCAUCGUCAUCAACAUCCACCUCAUCUUCGGAAAAGGAGGAAUCUAAGAAGUCCACCACUGAUAGUAACGCUGAGUCGUCUUCGUCAUCAUCCUCUACAUGUACAACCAACAGUACACCAGUUGAACAUCAUGUCACGGUCGAAUUCCACACUGAAAUCUAUGGCACAUUUCGUCAGGCAGUUUGUUUCGAUUUUGGUUCAGAGCCAAUACUGGUGCGACAUCUCUGUGUGGAUGUAGUCCCAGUAAGUGAUGCGGAGAAAAUCGAGGAAAUCAAACGUGAUAUAAUCAAUAGUUCGGCCACCAGAUGGGAUGUAUCCAAUACACACCUGGUGAAAUUCGAAACUACCAUUGGUACCCACAUGAAGACUGAAGGCUAUCUCAAUGACUUAAAGCAUGAGAAAGAAAUGCUCGAGCGUUAUCCCUGUCCCAGAGCGCAAACAUUUACCCUGACACAGUCGACAAUACUGGAUAAACGUUUGACGCAGAACAAUUAUCGUUCCCGUAUCCAUGAGUUGCUGUACGUCGAGGAAAUUGCUCGCUACGAACAAAUUGCGCGCUUCAAUUUGCGCACAAAACUGAACGUUACAUCCAAUUACAUACUUACUCCGGCAGGCAUGGCCACAAGUACGGCAAAGUAUUCGCUAUCGGGUGAGCUGUUUGCUCUAAUGCAUUUGGGCAAAGACGUUUCAGAGGAUACGUCGGCAGGUCGUUUAAUUCUAUCCAAUUGUUCCAGUGUGUAUAUAUCUGUUGUAGAUGAAGCGAAUCUCGGCGUCGAUAAGAAACGCCAUGUGUACGAGGCUGUUAUUGAAGACAAGGGCAAGAAUGUGAUCUACUUAAAAUUAUCGUCUAAAUGUGUGGAGGCCCUGAAAUUGAAGGCCGACACCGAACUGCAUGUGGACAUACAAUUUCAACUAAAUCGUCUACCAUAUUGUGAAUGGCAUCAUGCCGUUGAUAAAAUUACCGAUUUUAAAAUUAUAUUCCCAGCCACUGAAGUGGAACCCAACAUACCGUGGACACCGAAGAAACAAUGGUCGGAGUCUUGCGAACCCAAACUGAAUGCCAAGCAAAGAGAGGCUGUGAAUGCCAUAACUACAACGCUAAGCAUAAAACUGCCCCCCAUAUUGUUGAUUGGACCCUUUGGCACGGGAAAAACUUACACACUGGCCCAGGCCAUAAAACAGCUGCUUACACAGCCUGAAGCCAAGAUACUCAUAUGUACACACUCAAAUUCGGCGGCUGAUUUAUAUAUUAAGGAAUAUCUUCAUCCAUGGAUUGAAGCAGGUCUGGAAGAAGCUACUCCUCUUAGGGUGUACUAUCACAAACGUUGGGUUGCUACCGUCAAUAGUGUAGUGCAAAAAUAUUGUAUCACUGAUGGUGCUGGCAAUUUCCGUCGUCCCACGGUCGAGGAUAUUAUGAAACAUCGAAUUGUGGUCGUCACUCUAAGUAUAUCCAUGGAAUUGGCCAAUUUAGAUCUCCCCAAGGGUUACUUCACCCACAUAUUCUUGGAUGAAGCCGCCCAGGCAAUGGAAUGUGAAGCAAUAAUGCCACUGGCCCUAGCCAAUGAUAGUACUCGCAUUGUUUUGGCUGGAGAUCACAUGCAAAUGAGCCCUGAACUCUUCUCGGCAUUUGCCAAGGAGCGCAAAUUGCAUAUAUCAUUGCUGGAACGUUUAUACGAUCAUUAUCCUUCAAACUUUCCCUGCAAAAUUCUAUUGUGUGAAAAUUAUCGUGCCCAUGAAGCGAUUAUAAAAUUUACAUCCGAGCUGUUCUAUGAGCAAAAACUGAUAGCAUCAGGGAAACAGCCCAGACAUGAGAAAUUUUAUCCUCUCACGUUCUUUACAACUCGUGGUGAAGAUGUUCAAGAUAAGAAUUCAACAGCUUUUUACAAUAAUUCGGAGGUUUAUGAAGUAGUAGAACGUGUGUCCGAGCUGCGCAAGAAAUGGCCUAGUUCGUGGGGUAAAAUAAAUGAUGCCAGCAUUGGAAUAAUGACACCCUAUGCCGAUCAGGUGUUUCGAAUUCGUUCCGAGCUGCGCAAAAGGCGAAUGGGUGGCAUAUCAGUUGAACGUGUUCUCAAUGUCCAGGGCAAACAGUUUCGAGCCAUUUUUCUAUCAACGGUACGUACGAGAAGAACGUGUUUACCCAUCGCCGGUGGUAGUGGUGUUGGGGGCACAGCUGGCGGCGGUGGAUUUCCCGGUCAAUCGUCUAGUCCUUCAGAAGACGCCGACUAUGGAUUUUUAAGUAACUCAAAACUACUUAACACUGCAAUAACAAGAGCACAAAGUCUGGUGGCUGUAGUUGGAGAUCCGGUGGCCUUGUGUUCAAUAGGACGAUGUCGUAAAGUUUGGGAGCGUUUCAUUGAGAUAUGUGAUGAAAAUAAGUCACUUUUUGGUAUAACCAUGUGGCAACUGCGUUCUCAACUCGAUGGUGUCGAACUAAAGCGGGGAUAUGUCCUUAAUCCACUCGCGCCCGAAUUUAUACCACGUUCGUUACAACCUGAAGCUUACUUACGUGAUCAAGCUGCCAUGUACUAUGCCAUGGCUGCCAACAAUCAUCAUCCAAUGGGCCCACAUCCAGGACAUCAUCAUGGCCCCGGUGGUAUGGGACCACAUCCAAGUUUAUUGCCCGGAGGUGGCUCGGGACAAAUACCACCACAUCAUGCAGCUGCCAUGGCAAAUCAACAAAUGCCACAUAUGUAUGGACCUCAUUCAGCGGCGGCAGCGGCAUAUAACGCCGCAGCUGCUGCAGCAGCUGUCAUGAUGAAUCAAGGCAUGGUGGGCGGUAAAGGUGGACACCAUUUCCAUGGGCAUCCAAAUCAUAUGCCCAUGCGAGCCAUAGGUCCACCCCCAGCGGGUGGUCCUCAGCAGCCUCCUCAAUCUGCUCCUCCCAUGAGUGGGCAACAAUUCAAUCCUCGGGGGCCACCACCACCACCUGUACACUUGGGUCAACCACCACCAAAUGGAGCUGGUGGCAAUCAAUUUUCCCAGUACAUGCCGUGGCAACACGCCCAACAACAACAACUUAGGCCACCUGGCAGUGGUGGAAAUUUUGGAUCUGCUCCUGGUCAACAAUCUGGCGUUCCGACGGGCCAAAAUCCAAAUGCAAGUCUGUGGGGUCCACCACCGCAAUCAAAUCCUUGGACUGUGUUACCAAAACAACAGCAAAUGCAGCAACCUCCCAACCCCAAUGGAGCCAAUGGUCGGCAAAUGGGCUCGCAGCAAACUGGCCAGAACAUGAGAGGGCAGAGUGUUCCCUUGCAACCACCACCUCUAUCAAAUCAACAACAAAUGCGAAACAAUCCCAAUGACUUAGGCUAUUUGGCUAAUAAAGCCCUGUACGCUGGCAAACAACAUCCCGGUCAGGGUGCACAGGUGCCACCAACUCAGGUGCAUAGCAACUUUGGAGGUUUUGGUGGACAGGGGAAUGCACCCCCACCACCGCCUAACCAAUUGCAAAUGAUGAACCAACGUAAUAUGAGCGGCAUACCUAAUGGACCCAUAAGUCCUAUGGACCCUUUUAUGCCUAGGCCACCUGCAGCUGGAGGUGCGGCACCAAAUCAGAACGCCGCCUUCUUUGGACAAAACAAUCUACCAGGCCCCAUGAAAGAUAAAGAUUUUCAAUUCCUAAACAACGUCCAUGUUCCACUGAAUAUCGGUGGAACAAUGUUCCAAGCCCCACCUCCACCACCGAAUGCCAUGGUUGGCUCGGCCAAUAAGCAACAAUCACCUACAGCACUAAGAUUCCCACAGCCCCACGAAUAUGCCUCACUUUUGCCGCCAAAUAUGAAUAUCUACGAAAUGGCCUUUGAACCGAAAGAAUCGCAAUACAAGUGGUACUUAAAGCUUUUGGAGACACAGGGUCAAGAUGCUGCCAAUAAAUUUACCGAAGUGUUGCGACAAGUAAGCACCAUGAUGCAGCAACAACAGCCGCAACCUCAACAGCCGGUAAAUAAACCUCCACAACAUUUGCAACAAACCUAUAUGAAUAACAUGGGAGUUCAGCCACAGCCUCCAACACAACAGCAGCAGCAGCAACUUAUGCCAAGAGAUGCCUCUUUUAUGCAACCACUGAUGAGUUACCAGCAACAACAGCCACCCCAGCAGCAACAACAACCGCCUCAAAGGAAUGUUAACCCCUUUAUGGGUCCACUACCGCCGCCCAGUAAUCCCAUGCCAUCAAAUGUUGGUCUCAACGAUGAAACUCCACCCUUGGAUAUUAAUUUUAAUCAACAAAUCGAUAUGGUUUUUAAUUCGAUACUCAAUGGCAAUGAAAUUUCACAGCCCAUAUUGCGAGAUUUAUUCGGUGUUGCUGGCGGUAGUAGUAGCAACAAUGCCGGACCAUCAGCAAUGAACGGUGGCGAUAUGAUACUCAACUCGAAUUCAUCAUCGUCUAAUAACCUAUUGGGUGGCAGUAAAAUAUUUCCAAAUAUUGGCACCGGUGGAAGUUCGGCAAAUGGCGUUGGUGGGGGUGGCGGUCCUGCUGUCAUGAAUAAUCAUCAGGGUAACAUGGCCAAGAAUACGAUGGGACCAAAUUGUAUGUUGGGUGGAAUGCCACCGCAGCAGCAAGGCGCCGCCAAUCCACCAAGCGGUUUUAUGGGAAAUAACUCUCUGCUGAAUAACAAAGAAUUUAUGUUGGGUCCAAAUAUAUCGGGAGGCGGAGCUGGUUCAACAUCAUCAAACUCAUCGUCGGUACCCCUGUAUAGACGUCAAGGCCUUACAAUGGGAAAUGGUCACAAUUUAAACAGUGCCGGUAAUUCAUCGGCAUCUACUAGUGGUCAUUCGCUUUCAUCGUCUACACCAGAUAAUAUUCUAAACAGCAGUCCCAAUGAUAUAUUAGCUGGUUUAAGUACCGGUUCGAAUACACUGAUUGAAGCACUAUUUCAAGACCAACAUCAGCAACAGAAUAAUGCCACAUUGCAAAAAUUAUUGUAUAAUAAUUUCAAUGCAAGUGGCCUUAAAGGAGGUGUUGGUGGCGGCGACAUGGAUUUGUUUAUGGGCAAUAAUAGUUUUGUUAAUGCCUUGACCGAUGGCGUGGCUAAUAGUUUUCAUGCGCCCAAUUAUGAGCAAACUUCGGCAAAUAGUGUAAACUCAAGUGGUGGCAAUAACAUCAUUGGAGGUCCUAAUACUACAGCAACAGGUGCUGCUGGCGAUGGCCGCAAUACCACAUAUGCUGCCGUUUUGAGCCAAGGUCCUCAAGCCCAAGAAGCAUUACAGCAUCAUAAUUAUGCUCAUAAUGCUGCCCUAACUACAGGUCCGGGAGGAGCAGCUGGAUUGGUUGGCAAUGGUUUAGCUGGCCUGGGUUUGAAUGUAAACAAUUCAGCAAAUGGUGAUGGCGGAGAUAAGGAUCCGUUUGCAGCUAUACGAGAACUGGGUCAAGGUACGAAUGGUUUUUAUAAUUAUUUUCAAUAAAAACUUAUUUUAUUGAAAAAAUUCGAAAAAAAUAUAUAAACUCCAAAAGGCAUCAAAGGAAAGGCUUUUGCAUUAUAUGUAUGAUUAAAACAAUAUUUAUUUUAAAGAACGAGCAACUUAUUUAGAAAAAGAAAAAAACACACACACAAACCAACAUUUAGGCAAAAGGAACAAAAACCACCCUUAGAGGGUAAAACAGAACCGAAAUACAAGAAACGAAAAGUGAUAGAAAUUAGUAUUUGUUUGGCGAUUUAUAAAAAAGAAAAAAAAAAAGAAAAACAGAAAUAUGGAUUUUGUUCUAUAAGUUUAGCUUUAAAUUAUUAUUUUAGUUUAGCGCUUAGCUCAUUUGAAAUUAUUUAAUAUAAAAAACCACAACACAUCUUUUUUGUAUAUUUCACGUAUUCAUAUUUUUUAUGGCAAAAAAGAAAACUCUUUAAAGCUUUUCAAACUUUAAAAUAAAGUUAUUUUGUGCACCUUGUGUUUGGGAUGUGGUGGGUGCACCGUUUACCAAAAAACAAAAGCCUUAAACCUUGAAACCUUUUGUUUUGUUGUUGUAUGUCAGAGUCAACAGGACAAUGACUUGAUAUUCUAUUAUAUUUGAAUGUUCUCCUUUCUUUUUUGAUUAUGAAUUAAUUUAAAAAAAAAACAAAAAUAAACUUUUUUAGCUAUUUAAUUAAUUAUAGUAUAGAAUUUAAAGAAACAAAAAUCGAAAAAAGCAAAAAAAAAAAUAAAAAAAAAACGUUUUCAAUAAUUUAAGUUUAAAUUUUUAAAACAAAACAGAAAAAAAGUAUGCACAUCCACAACAAUAAUUUAAUGGAAUUUUUUUGAAGCAAAUCUGAGAGUUUUAAAAAUAUUUAAAAAAAGUUUACAGCACUUUGUCAAAAUAAUCUAAUUUGUAUGCACUGCCAAUAAGAUUUCUUUAGCAGGUUUUUUAUGAUCUAAAACAAAUCUGUUACAUUUCAUUAAUUAUAUUUUGAAUAGAUAAUUUGGGUUGUUAAAAAAACACCAAAAGAUAGACUUUCUCACUUUCUCCACUGACAAAAUAUAAGGGGUAUAUACGAAUUAAAGUACGGAAGGGGGGUUUACAGCUUUAGCAUAACCUGGAGUUUAUGCAGGACAAAUUGCCUUCAAUAAGAGUUGAAUUUUACAACGAAAAACACUGGUGACUGAACAUUAAAAAAAAUUUAGAAUUUGAACAUUUUCGUUCAUUCCCAAUUUUACGAUUGUUUUUUUUUUUUUUAAUUUUCUGGAGUGGACUCCUACUUCAUAGAGCCAAAAUUUGUUAUUUCAACAAUUGAAGCAUGAAAUCAGUUGUCUUCACGGGGUAAAGUAACACGGCUAGACUGUGACUCUACUCAAAAAACAUAAACAUCUUGAGUUUAAACGCAAGUAAUUGUUGUUUUGAAUUAAAUCCGACUUGACACCAACACCAGUAUUCUUAAAGGAAGAGCAAAGAAGUUUGUUUGAAAUAUCUUCUAUCAGUAUAGCCACCAACUAAUGGCUAUAAAUAUGAUUUAUUUUUGAAAAUAAAUUACAAUACCGUCAUUUGCCUCUAACAACGUCAUGGGACGUGUUUGUGUGUGACCAAUUGUGGCCACAACACACCUAACUUUUGAUUUGACUUCCAGUUAUUCAAAGUUUUGGCCAAACAGAAAAGUGGCCGUGUUGUAGAAACUGUCAAGUGAGACGAUUUUUAUCCGGCACUUACAGGUAGCUUAUCCGGAGUGAUUUGACCAUCUUUGGCCUUAGAUUGUUAGCCUCUGAGGUGUUUUGUAUUCAAUUCUUCAUUUACAUUUUUUUUUCAAGUUUAUUACUUUCCUGAUCUCCUUGCAAUUGUUUCUAGAUUAUGCCACUAUUAGCUGUCCAGCAUCUCCCCGCAGCUUGAUUUAUGAAUUUCUUUAGGUUUUUAUUCUAAAGCAGAAAUUAUAUGAAGUCCAUACUCACCUUCCUGCUAAUUGAGAAUAAUAGCUUUAUGGACUUCAAAUUAACAAUUUUAGAAACUUUUUAUUCAGAUUUGUUUUCCUGUUAUUCAAAGUUUUGACUAAAUUGGAAAGGAGGGCCAUCCCGGCAGCUUUAGACUUUUUCUGGCCAACACCUACAGGUAGCUUACCCGAAACAAUUUUACCAUCUUUUUAGAAUGUUAUUCUGAGAGGUUUUGCAUUCAAAAUUUUCAUUUUUUCUUUCCUGAUCUCUUGGCAAUUGUUUCUAGGUUCUAUUAGCUAUCCAGUAUCCAUGUAUUGUCGAAAUUUAAUUUAUUAAUUUCUUUAAGUCUUUAAAUUUCUGGGGGGCCUUUGUCCCCACUUACCUUACUGCUAGUUAUACAAUAAAUGUUUCUUUGCCUUUAUGGACUUGAAAUCAACAAUAUUGGGAACUCUUAGUUUUGCUUCUUUAAAUAAAAAAAUAAAUAAAAAUUAAAAACACACAAAGAACUAAAAAAGCUAAUUAAAACAUUUUAGAAUUAUAAUAGAUAUAAAUAUUUUUGCUAACAAAAACAAAUAAAAAAAAAACAACAAAAAAACUCUCUAAAGCUAUUUUGAGUUUUUUUAUAUAUAAAAAUAUAUUUAAUAUAAAAAUAAAAAAUACUGAAUAUAUAUAUAAAUGUAUAAAACAUAUUUUAUAGAAACAACACAAAUCAUGUUAUAAAAUUAGUAAACAAAAAUAAUUUUGCAAACUUUGUAAAUUAAUUAUUAUAUAACUGUAUGAAAACAAAACUGGAAGAAAUAUUUGAAAAAAGUUAUAUAAAAUUUAUAUAUAUGUAUGUAUAAGAUUUUUAUUGUGAACUUAAAUAUAGGACUCUUUUUACAUAAUUUAAGCUAUAUAAUUAACACAAAAUAAAAUAAACAAAAAAAACUGGAAAAAAAUAAAACUAUGAUACCACAAAAAAGUUUUUAAUAAAACUAUUUAAACAAAAAAAAUAUUGAAAAACUAAAACUUAAUAUGUAAAAAUAAAAAAAAAUAUUCAAUGAAAAUGAACCCACAAAACCCAAACACACUCCUCCCAUUCUAUGUAAAGAAUUUUGGCAGAGCUAAAAAUAAAAAACAACCAAAAUAUUCGUAGUAACAGAGAACAGUUUGAACCAAAUUAGCCAAAUAUUUAACAUUUAUUAUUUAUAACAAAAUUUUGGUUUACAAAAAAAAAGGGUUACAAAAAAUGUAAUUAUUCCCAUUUCUAGUAAAAAUAUAUUUAGUGUUUGUGUGAAAUGAUAUGAUAAAAUCGAAUCAAGCUACACGUAUUCCCUGAUAAUUAUAAAUCUCUCAUGAUGGAUUGUUUCACAACUCUCCCAUAUUUCCUCAAUUCAAUUAAAAAGAAUGUGGGAGGAAAUUUUUGAUUUUCUUAAGAAUUGCUCUUACCCAUCACACAAUUUUGUAAAAGGGAUAUACCCAUGGUAGUCCCUUGCAAUUUUGUUUUUCAAAAAAAAAAAAAAAAAAAACAUUUCCUACUGUUUACUAUUUUUAAUAUGAAAACCUACUUACAGCUCGAUCAAAAAACCUGCUGGUCCAUUGGGGGAAAAGAGAAGAGAUUGCAGAAAUAAUAUGAUAAUUAAAUACGAGUCCACGAACAGUUGAAGAAUUACUUCGCGCUCUAUGUUAGAUAAUAAAUACAGAUCGUGUGUUAUUUGCUCUCCCAAGAGCUUGUGUCUUACAUUGAUUGAUGAGAGUUGGACAGUGCCAGAGCAAAUGUUCGAUCGUCUUCCUCAUCUUGACAGGUCCUACAGAAAUCAGUAUCGUCGCUACUCCAUGGCUCUCACGCUGCAAUGACAUGCAGGCACUGUGUUAGAAUACAGUUAAUACAGAGCUUGUGUUAUUUGCUCUCCCAAGGGCCUGGUUCGUACAUUGACGAGAGUAGGCAGAGUUAAUGUUCGACUUUCUUCCUAGUUUUGGAAGGUCCUACAGUAAUCAGUAUCGUCGCUACUCCAUGGCUCUAACCCUGCAGUGACCUGCAGGGCCGGUGUUAGAAUACAUAGAAUACAGAGCCUGUGUUAUUCGCUCUCCCAAGAGCCUAUGUCUUACAUUAAUGAGAGUUGGACAGACCCAGAGCAAAUGUUCGACUGCCUUGUCUUGGCAGGUCCUACAGUAAUCAGUAUCGUAGCUACUCCAUGGCUCUACUCUGACCUGUGAUGAUCAGGUUUCUCCUCGGAGAUUAUACGCCAGAUUUUCUUAGGGAUGGACAUAAAAUCCCCUGUCAUCUAGCCAUUUUAGUUGAAAUCUCCCGGAGUAGUGAUCGUGUACCCCACGAAAGAAGUGGCACAGAGUAGUCUAACCGAAUUCUCAAACUUGCCAAUUCAUUUGCUGGCUCAUUACCCGAAAUAUUAUAAUUGCCAAGAACCCAGCAUUCCCCAAGGUUUUUCUUUACUCCAAAACUGGCAUAGCUUUAAAACAAUUAAAAGCCUCUAGUGCCGCUUGACUUGAACCCCCCAAAAUGUUGGUCCACUGAUUUGUUCUAUAAAAAUAUGAUCUCCGAAAACUCGCUCGAAUUCGAGUGAACUUAAAAUAGAUUGCAAAGAUUGAUCGAAAGUUAACCACAUGACGAAAUUAUAAUUUUUAACUUUAGAAAAUUGAAAAACGUUUCAAAAAAAGAAGAACUAUUUAUUCAGAUUAUCACUUCUUCACUAUCCGCUAUUCAUUUCCUUUUCUUCUCUCUAUUUUAUUCUCCUAUCUUCUUAAACGCAAUGGACCGCAUCCUUUAACCUAACCUAACCUAAAAAAGUUAUUCAUUUAUUGAUAAAUUUUCAUUUUUCUUCAGAGACUUUGACAGGUUAGAAAAUACCUUGUCUUAUAGGAAUGUAGAUAAACGAAGUUUUUUAACGUUCCCACGACAAUCGUACCUACGCUUUGGAACAAUCCAAGUUCCACUAGACCAGGAAUUGCAAACCAUUUCUUAUGUCACUAAAAAUUUGCACUUAUACGAAAUUAAAUAGGAAGAAUAGAUCUUGUUUUAUGGCAUUUUCUUAUAGGAGUUAUUAAUCUUGCUAAUCAAUCUCUCUUCAACAGUUUUUCAAUUUUCCAAUUUCAACACAUUUUUCAUUUCGAUUCGUCUGCUAAUAGCUUCUUUUGCACCAACAUUAAGGGGUUAUGAACUUAAAUGUAAUAUUCAGAUUCCAAACGAUAUAUACGUUUAAACUUAAGAUUUUUUUGUUUUAAUUUGGUUACAGGUCAUAAUAUUUUUUAUUAAAACUGUAAAAAUAUAUAUAAAAAAUUUUUAGGAUUUCCGCAUCUGUGGCCAAUUUAACUACCAGCAGUCCAGCUUAUAAAUGAACAUGCAGAAGCUAAAAUGGAAAGAUAUUAAAAUUGUUCAAACUAAAAUAUGAAACAAAAAUUCAAAUUUAUGACUUCGUAUUUCAAGUUAGGAAAUUAAAGCAUAAUUUUUGUGGCUACUCCCAGUUCAUUAAUAAUAUGAAGAGCAGGAAAUUGUGAGAGAUUCUCGAGAAUCUAACAUUCAAUAAAA